GUCGCACCACUACGAUAGAAUUUUCCGUGUCCGCACGACCUAAUACAGGGUCAACAAAAGUGAAGUAGUUUAAAAAUUAUCCAUUUAUUAUACAGAAAAAGUGCGUAAAACAAUAAAAUGAUUUAAAAGUGCUUAGUAUUGUGACGAAAUUGCCGAAAAUCUACUUACUCUACUUUAGUUUUUACUAACUUCUCUACGUUAGAUUUUUCAAAUUGUUUACUUACGUAGCAGGAUAGUUCAACAGUUAUCGUCGAGAACGGCGAAGAAAUUGUAAAAGUGAACAAAAUGAUAUCGAACGGAGUCAGUGGCAAUAAAUACAUGGAUGGGCCGGACCAGGUGGUCCCUUCAGAUACUUACAUAUCCUGUGUACCUGGUGGUCAUGUCAAAUUACGGCAAACUUCAAGAGGAUUGGCUUCGGAACCUCCUAUAUCAGUACCUGGUCUCUUAAAACGGACAGCCGCUAGAUAUCCUGAUGGUCCCGCACUGGUUACAAAAAAAGCAGAUGGAAAAUGGCAUUACACCACUUAUAAGCAAUACCAAGAGCGAGUCCGGACCGUGGCCAAGGGAUUUCUGAAACUGGGUCUGGAGCGAUACCACUCCGUCUGUAUUCUCGGCUUCAACUCAGAAGAGUGGUACUUGGCUGAUUUGGGUGUUAUUCAUGCUGGAGGUUACGCUGCAGGCAUUUACACAACUAACUCAGCUGAAGCCUGUUACCACUGCCUGGAAUCUUCAAGGGCGAACAUUUGCGCUGUGCAGGAUAAGAAGCAGUUGGAAAAGAUACUGUCGGUUCGCAGUCGCCUCAAGCACUUGAAGGCAAUCGUACAAUGGGAGGAACCCGUAGAUACUUCAGUGCCUGGUGUUUAUAGUUGGGCACAACUUAUGGAGAUGGGCGCGGCGGAACCAGACACACAAUUGGACGAUAUACUCAAGUCAAUUUCUGUCAACGAGUGCUGCACUUUAGUAUACACGUCCGGUACAGUAGGUCCGCCAAAGGCUGUGAUGUUAUCACACGAUAACCUGACGUGGGAUGCUUUCGUGAUCGGCGAGCAAGUAGGCGACGUCAAGCCAACAGUCGACAAAAUCAUCACUUUUUUGCCACUUAGCCACGUUGCAGCUCAGGUUGUUGACAUCUAUACGACAUUGUCAAAUGCAGUUGCGGUGUACUUCGCCAAACCUGAUGCACUCAAGGGAAGUUUAGUAGAAACGCUCCGGGAAGUAAGGCCUACACGGUUUUUAGCUGUGCCCCGAGUAUGGGAGAAGAUGUAUGAAAAAAUCAUGGCUGUAGGCGCACAAAAUUCUGGAUUAAAAAAAAACAUAGCAUUAUGGGCCAAAGACAAGGGAAUGAAGCAUCACCUUGCGAGGAUGAAUGGGCAAAACGGCACUACCUGCGGUUUCAAACUAGCCCGUACUUUAGUUUUCAACAAAGUGCACGAGACGUUAGGCCUCGACAAAUGUUCCACAUUCGUGACAGCUGCAGCACCUCUUUCAGCCGAUAUAAAGAAGUUCUUCCUUUCUCUCGACAUGCCUAUCAUGGAGGCUUUUGGCAUGAGUGAAGCUUCUGGUGCUCACACCCUUUCCAUAUAUCCUAGGUUCAGACCAGAAUCGUCGGGGCUAAUUCUCGAAGGUACGGAAACAAAAUUCGGCGGUGCUGUCAGUCCACAUGGUCCUGGAGAAAUCAUGAUGAGAGGCAGACAUAUAUUUAUGGGAUACCUCAACGACGAGGCGAAAACCAGAGAAGCAAUAGAUGACGAGGGUUGGUUACAUUCAGGAGACGUUGGAAGACUGGACACCAAUAAUUUGCUGUACAUCACUGGCAGGAUAAAGGAGCUACUAAUUACAGCGGGUGGUGAGAACAUCGCGCCCGUAUUGAUCGAGCAACAAGUCCAAGCCGAGCUCAUUCACAUCGGUUAUGCUGUCCUCAUUGGAGAUCGGCGGAAAUUCCUCUCUAUUCUUAUUACCCUUAAGUCUAAAGUGAACAAUGACACUGGCGAACCCUUGGACGAGUUGGAUACCGAAACCGCAAAGUGGGUGGCGGGCCUUGGCAGCAAAGCUAAAACUGUCAGCGAGAUUGUUAACACUAAGGACCCUGCUGUACACAAAGCAAUAGAAGAAGCCAUCACGCGAGCUAACAAGCACGCUAUUUCUAAUGCACAGAAGAUUCAGAAGUUUGCUGUCCUGCCUAAAGACUUUUCCAACCACACUGGCGAACUAGGGCCCACUUUAAAAAUCAAGAGGAAUGUCGUCUAUGAGAAGUACAAGGACAUUAUAGAAGACCUUUACAAGGAAUAAUAAGUUAUUUUUCUAGUAAUAUUAGCUUAGUUAUAUAUUGGGAGAUAUUUGUUAUAAACAUUGCUCAAUUAGGAACAAGUGAAUAUAUUGUGAUCACUAAAGGUACUUUAAGUAAACAGAGAUAUAUAUGUAAAUAUAUUUGUAACGGAAGUAUACUUUUAAAAAAAUACGUUGGU